GGCGGUCUGGUCUGGGGAAUUAGCGCCAGGGACGGGCGCGCGCGCGGGUCCCCAGCACAUCUGGGCGAGAGCGGCGCCGCUGGACCGCGGGGGGGCGCCGAGCGCAGAUCUGGAGCGGCAGAGGCACCGCGCGGCUGGGGCCCUUCGAGGCGCGCGGGGCGCCCAUCUGGGACCUCGAGAGGGGGCCGCGCCGCGCGCAGCCGGGCCGGGGGAGGGGGGCGGCGGCGGCCGCACAGCUGGACCGGAGGGGGCGGGGUCGGUCCCGGGCGGCCGGCAGAGGGGAGGGCCGCGAGCCGCCGGGGACUGGAGCAUGGGACGGCGCGCCUGAAGGAGCAGGGGCGAGGCAAGGGCCUGGGCGCCCGGCAGGAAAAGAGGAGAGACAGGGACCCGAGAGCAGAGGAGGAAGAUGCAACUGACUCGCUGCUGCUUCGUGUUCCUAGUGCAGGGCAGCCUCUAUCUGGUCAUCUACGGCCAGGAUGACGGUCCUCCCGGCUCCGAGGACCCUGAGCGUGAUGACCACGAGAGCCAGCCCCGGCCCCGGAUGCCUCGGAAGCGAGGCCACCUCUCACCCAAGUCCCGCCUCGUGGCCAACUACACUCUCCUAGGGCUGCUGGCUCCCCCCGGGGAGGCAUGGGGCGUCCUUGGCCAGCCCCCCAACCGCCCGAACCACAGCCCCCCACCGUCGGCCAAGGUGAAGAAAAUCUUCGGCUGGGGUGACUUCUACUCCAACAUCAAGACGGUGGCCCUGAACCUGCUCGUCACGGGGAAGAUCGUGGACCACGGCAACGGGACCUUCAGCGUCCACUUCCGACACAACGCCACCGGCCAGGGCAACAUCUCCAUCAGCCUCGUACCGCCCAGUAAAGCUGUAGAGUUCCACCAGGAGCGGCAGAUCUUCAUCGAAGCCAAGGCCUCCAAGAUCUUCAACUGCCGAAUGGAGUGGGAGAAGGUGGAACGGGGCCGCCGGACCUCGCUCUGCACCCACGACCCGGCCAAGACCUGCUCCCGAGACCACGCUCAGAGCUCAGCCACCUGGAGCUGCUCCCAGCCCUUCAAGGUCGUCUGCGUCUACAUUGCCUUCUACAGCACGGACUACAGGCUGGUCCAGAAGGUGUGCCCAGAUUACAACUACCACAGUGAUACCCCCUACUACCCCUCCGGGUGACCCUGGGCAGGCCACAGAGGCCGGGCCGGGGCUGGAAGGACGGGCCCGCCCGCGGAGGAGGCCAUCUGGCUGGAUACUGGGCAGGGACACGGGGAGGGACCUCAGGCAGGGAAGGGGGGAGGGGUGGAGAGAAGGAGAUGCCAGGUGGGGCCGGGGCCAAGUCUCACGUGGCGGUGGGGAAGGGGUCCCAAGUGCAGGGCCCCAGCCUGGGGUUGUGGAGCGGCCGGGGCAUAGGAGCACUGGAGGAGGAGUGGGGUCUCUGGGCAGCCCCACGGGGCUCCCCUGCUGAGCGACAGGAAGGUGCUGGGCCCAGGAGACCGCUGGGGAAGGCAGACCAGUGUGGCCAGAUGAGGUCACGGAGAAGAGCCCGAAGCCUCGGCUCCCUCCUGGCCAUGCUGAGAAAGAAAAGCAACAAGGAGAGGGGUCUCUCAUCAGCAAGGGCACCGAAGGAUGGCAGAGACGAGACGGGGCUGCCCGGCAGCCAGCCCUGGGUGGGGGGAGGGGCGGGGCCGGAGGAACUCUUGAGCCCCGCUGAGUCAGACCCCCCCCCCCACCAAGCCCAUUGUCCUGGACUGUGGACUGAACUUGGCUUCAAGCUGAAGUGGUGACCCUUGGAGUCGUUUUGACGUCUUGACGAAUAGACCGUCUGCUCCCCGCCAGGCCGUAACCUUUCCAAAGUUCCCUCUCCUGCCAUUGCCGCUCCUUCCCCCCCCCCCCCCCCCCCCUCGUCCACCCUUGUGCCGAUGGGUCACCCAUCCUUCAGCUGCAACAGAGGGUGACUGUGGUUCUCCCACCUCCAAGGCCACAGAUGGGAGCCCACCCUUGCGCUGUGUCCCCUCGCCACCCCACCCCCCUGCUGGCUCCUCUGGGAGCGUCCUCGUCCAGCCAGCAAGCCUUGCCCGUCAGCCUGGGACUCACCCGGAUGGAUACAGGGCCUUCAGCAGCUCGGGGCCGAGUGACGCCAGACUGACAAGGGCGCUGGACCUGUUCCGUGGUGUCUGUCUGUGGGUGGGGGAGGGGAGGGCGGGGUGUGCAAUCCCCUGAUUGUCAGCUUGUGUGCAGAGUCUUGUUCUGGAGCCGGGAAUAAAGCUUUCCC